UUAGUCUUCUCGUCAUCAGCCAUAACUUCUUUUCCUGACUGAAGAAGACCAUACUUUGGACCUGGUCGCAGACCCAGUGCUUUUGCCUUUGCAGGAUCAAACUUGCCAAUAACCUCUGGGAGCUCGCAUAUAUAGACUACGGCCACAUCGUUGGGGCCUUUACGGGAAUUGUUCUCUUGAGGAUAAGAAUUGCUAAAAUCUGGCAUCAGCUUCAUACCUGCAUUGAGCAAGUUUUCAGAUCCGCCUGCGGAACUGACAGGAGGCUCAAGACGAGGUGGCUUCUCUGCGGAAGGACUAAUCGGAUUGGUUUCAAAGCCCAGCUCCCAUGGUUCAGCUGAUUGAAAAGUGGAGCCUUGAGCAUUUGCCACGGCCUUGUCCGCAACUUGUGUAUCUGCAGUGCCUUUUGGGCUUCUUUCCCGUACAUCCAUCACCUCUGCCCUUGUUCCAGUUCCAUUUCUACCAGUCUUCAGCUUAGUAGGGCGUAAAAUUACAGCUGAGAUCUUUACACACUCGUCCUCAAGGAGCAUGACAGUAUCUUCACCUGUAGCCUGCUCUAAGUCCCCACCAAAGCUAUUGGCGUGGACGACAGAAGAGUUCGGAAUAAAGGGCAGAGGUGAUUGUCAGACACUAAUUCUGGGAGACGGACGAUCCAUGAGUCAAUUCUAGCACGAGCAUUCGAGAACGGUAGCAUUCGCUUUCAUAACAAAGCGAGCAACGGGCGACGGGGAUCGCUGAAGACUUUGUUCGCAAUGGGGGAAGAUGCAACUGGACAGGUUUAUACAGAGACGGAUCUCAUAAAAGAGACUAAAGCGCUGGCCGCAGAGCUUUGCAAGCAAUUCUAUGGGUUAGGCUGGGUCUCCGGAACUGGUGGCAGUAUCACGAUCAAAGUUCAUGAUCCAUCGAUCCCCGUCUCUGAGCAGCUCAUUGUUAUGGCUCCAUCAGGAGUACAAAAGGAAAGGAUGCUGCCAGAGGAUAUGUAUGUGAUGAGUUCUGAUGGAUCGAUUUUAAGUUCUCCUUCACCAAAACCAUCGCCUCACCGGCCUCCAAAGUGUAGUGAAUGUGGACCACUAUUUUUGAAGGCGUACUCAAUGCGAAACGCUGGCGCCGUUAUUCACAGUCAUGGACUGGAAUCCGCUCUUGCGACUAUGAUAAAUCCUGCGUCCAAGGAGUUUCGGAUCACACAUAUGGAAAUGAUAAAGGGAAUAAAAGGCCAUGGAUAUUAUGAUGAACUUGUGGUCCCCAUUAUUGAGAACUCUGCACGUGAAUACGAACUCACCGAUGCACUUGAGGCAGCUAUUGCUGCUUAUCCUAAAGCAACAGCGGUGCUCGUAAGGAAUCAUGGAAUUUAUAUAUGGGGAGAUUCAUGGAUUCAAGCCAAAACUCAGGCAGAAUGUUAUCACUAUCUCUUUGAAGCUGCUCUGAGACUCCAUCAGUUAGGUCUUGAUCCUGCGGAUCCCAAGCAUGGGCCUAUUCAACUCAUAGGUUUUUGUGGAACUGAACCAACUGGUGCUGAUAAUGGGGAUGAUCUGGACUACAGUCGGAAUAAGAAAUUUAAGCCAGUCGUAGUUCUAGAUAUCGAAGGAACGACAACUCCAAUCUCGUUUGUUGCGGACAUUCUGUUCCCUUAUGCGAAAAAGAAUGCAGGUUCUCAUCUGCUUGCAACAUUCGACUCUAUUGAAACUCAGGAAGAUAUUAAGCUCCUACGGAAACAAAUACAGGACGAUUUGCAUCAAGGUCUACCAAGUGCAAAGCCUGUCCCUCCUGUUGGAGCCCCGAAGGAGGACAUUGUCAGUGCUUUAGAAGCCAACAUACUAGCUAUGAUCGAGGCUGACCGUAAGGUAACAGCGUUGAAGCAGCUCCAGGGGCAUAUAUGGAGGUCAGGAUACAGUAAAGGGGAUCUGCAAGGUGCUGUCUUCGACGACGUGCCAGGAGUUUUAGCCGAGUGGCACAGGUUGGGGACUAAGGUGUACAUAUAUUCCAGUGGUAGCCGCGAGGCUCAGAGGUUGCUCUUCGCCAACUCCACGCACGGCGACCUGCGGCAGUAUCUCUGCGGCUACUUUGAUACUACUACCGGGAACAAACGCGAGGCUCGCAGUUAUUCAGAAAUCUGUCUCUCCGUUGGUGUCGACAGUCCGGCGGAUGUGUUGUUUGCAACCGAUGUUCUUGCCGAAGCCGUCGCUGCGAAGGAGGCCGGUUUGGAUGCUGUGCUGCUAAUUCGGCCCGGGAAUGUUCCACUCCCGGCAGACCAUGGUUUUAGAACUGCAAAGUCCCUCGAUGAGCUCUGAGGCUCGAUGGAUGGCCCCAUGGACGCAGUCUCCAAAUUCAAGCCAAUCCGACGACUCAAAGACUGGCUCGCUCGUCGGGUCCUCCGACGUCUGUAGAUUCCAUCAUUUGUUCAAUACGAAGAGUUGGCAUCGUUGCAUCUGGCCGGAGCUGUUGCAACGACGCCAACUCCAUCGCGUUCAUCGCAGUUGUGUUCAUCCAGCCCUUUCGUUCUUGUAUCAUACGUGCGGUCGAAACACUUUCAAUGCAUGCAUAACCUACUUGAUUCCCCGAUUAGUGUGCGACGCCGCGGAGGACCAGUAGCACGUCAGGCCAGUGAGUAGAUUGAACAGCACAACCUGGUCCUUACAGAAUGGUGACUCCACAGAGAAUCUCUUUCGCUGACCAGCCUUCGGCAAUAAGGUCGAGAACCAAGCACCUUUGAGUGCACAAAUCCUGAAUUCUCGAUGCACUUAAUGUUCUUUUGUAUCACCACCUCGUACAUAAUUAAGAGCCCAUCACC